CUGUGGCAGCAGUGAACGGCUCUCGCAGGCCCCGAAGACCCCGGCCGGGCUCGGCUCUCCAGCGCGCGCCCCCUUCCCGGCCUUGUCCUCUCCCUUCCCCCAGCCGCCCGAGAGUCCCCCUUGCACGCCGCCCCCCGCCCCCCGGCGCCCGGACGAUGCUCAAGUCUCGGCUCCGCAUGUUCCUGAACGAGCUGAAGCUGCUGGUGCUGACGGGCGGGGGGCGGCCCCGGGCCGAGCCGCAGCCCCGGGGGGGCGGGGGAGGCGGCUGCGGCUGGGCGCCCUUCGCCGGCUGCUCGACCCGGGACGGCGACGGAGACGAAGAGGAGUACUACGGGUCCCAGCCGAGGGUCCGGGGCCUGGCCGGCGACAAGGAGCCGCGGGCCGGACCCCCGCCGCCGCCCGCGCCGCCGCCGCCGCCCCCGGGCGCGCUGGACGCCCUGUCGCUCAGCAGCAGCCUGGACAGCGGGCUCCGAACCCCCCAGUGCCGAAUUUGCUUCCAGGGCCCGGAGCAGGGGGAGCUCCUGAGCCCCUGCCGCUGCGACGGCUCCGUGCGCUGCACGCACCAGCCCUGCCUCAUCCGCUGGAUCAGCGAGCGGGGCUCCUGGAGCUGUGAGCUCUGCUACUUCAAGUACCAGGUCCUGGCGAUCAGCACCAAGAAUCCCUUGCAGUGGCAGGCCAUCUCCCUGACGGUCAUUGAGAAGGUCCAGAUUGCAGCCAUAGUUCUGGGCUCACUCUUCCUUGUUGCCAGCAUCUCCUGGCUCAUCUGGUCCUCACUCAGCCCUUCAGCCAAGUGGCAACGGCAAGAUCUGCUUUUUCAGAUCUGCUACGGCAUGUACGGCUUCAUGGAUGUCGUCUGCAUAGGCCUCAUCGUCCAUGAAGGCUCCUCUGUCUACCGUAUCUUCAAGCGCUGGCAGGCAGUAAACCAGCAGUGGAAGGUCCUGAAUUACGACAAGACCAAGGACAUAGGAGGAGAUGCAGGGGGAGGGACGGCAGGGAAGCCGGGCCCCAGGACCUCACGGACGGGCCCCCCCACUGGGGCCCCCAGCCGCCCCCUGGCCGCCCAGCGCAUGCGGACGCUCUUGCCUCAGCGCUGUGGUUACACAAUCCUGCACCUACUUGGACAGCUGCGGCCACCAGAUCCCCGUUCCAGUUCCCAUUCCGGCCGCGAGGUUGUCAUGAGGGUCACCACAGUCUGAACUAAACUCCAGGAGUGGGGAUCUUGAAACAAUGCAUCAGCCAGAGAUAAGCUGUCAUGGCUGCUGGAGGUACCACCUGGACAAGGUGUUUGGGGCACACUGCCCCACCACUGAGGAUCUCUGUGGGCAGCCUCAAGCUGGAGACAUUGGCUUCUACUGCCCACUGGGUAGAGGUGCCUGGAUGACAUUCCAGCCCCCACUGACAGCUCCCCACACUCAUCUUGCGGCAGCCAGUGGGCAGGUGGGGAGAGCAUCUUUUCUUCCCUAGAGAACCGUCCUUACCUCAGCUCCUAGGGCCUCCAGCCCCCCAGCUCCACUAUGGUGACUUGGUGAAGGGGGUCCAAUGCGAGAAGAAAGGGGCUGUAGACCCCCCCAAUCCCCACCCCAUGGCCACAGGGCAGCUGGCAAUAAGACUAGUAUACAUUGACCUCCCAUUCCCUGCAUGAGGGUGGGGGUACUUCCCCUGCUCCACCCCCCAUUGCAUGGGGGGAGGGCAUAAAGAAUCAUUUAUAUGCACGUGGAGACUCCUUUCUCAUCUGGGGCUUUUCUGGAGGGUUGGGAGGUGUGGGCAGUUUUCUCUGCAGAGGCUGCAAAUCCCAAAUGCAGCAGUGGAUUCUGAGUUGGAGGUGUAACUCCCACUUGGUGGUGAAUAAUUCACAUUGGCUGCUAGGUGGCAGUGCUCAGAAGUAUCUAAGGGGUGGACCUGACACCUGUGUGUUGUGUGAUUUAGAAAAAAAUCUCUCCACCGUGGUUUUCCUGUCUACCUCAUAGGGUUGGACUGAGGAUAAAUGAGGGAUAGGUUGAAUGCCAUUGCAAAGAAAAUCAGUGAUGGCAUAAAAAGAUCUCUAGACUAGUUGAUGGUCCAUUUAUUUCAAAUAAUAGCUGGUUAACAAAUUCCAAAAUGUUUUUCAUCUGGAGUUGCACAGAGCCUUGGAAAUUCGUGUUAAAUGUUAUAAUAGAUAUGGAAAAUAUGAGGGGAAAUAGACACUGCACAUGUGAAGGAUCGUGGUUAUUUGCAAGAAUGAGAGCUCCUCCAGCCCCCCUAAACACUGGGGAAUGGGAAAGGCUGGAGCAAUCCUUCUAGUUCUGGGGAUCUUGUGGGUUCUAGUAAUCCCUACCAGGUAAUGUGCUCACCCAGAGAAGUGGUAUGCAGUGAAUUUGGGCUCGUUUGGAGUAAGACAGACAGAAUUUCCUAGAGUUAUGAGUCUCCAACCCCAGUUUAAGCUACUGCUGUGGCAAUUCAGGGUCACAGGUCUGAUCCUGCUGUGCCCCAGCUAGUGAUAUUAACUGGAAGAUGUGCUUGGAGGCAGCAGCAUAGAGGGCUGUUGUUUAUAGAGAAAAGGUUUGGGAAGGACUGGUUAAUUGUCAGCCUAAAGCCUGGUCCCUUUCUCUCGAGGCCUUGGGGCUGUGUAUUAUAUGAGUGAUGUCUUUUAUGUGAACUAUCCCUCAGCAAUUAAAAUAAUUACUUCAUAACAUUGCUUAAGUCAGAUCCAGAGACCUUUCCUAUUAUUGGUCCUUCUCUCAGGGAAGAUUCUGCUCUGCCUUCUCCCUGGAGAUGUUUUGGGGACAGUGCUUCUCUAUUAAAGGUCACAUAUCCUUGCCCAGGAAAUGGUCUUCUCCAUCCCUCUCCAAAACGGGUCUUGGUCGCUGUCCACGGUGCUGGCACCCAGACUCGCCUGGGAAUAUAGGAACCAAAGCUGUACUUGGGUUUGAGUUACCUGGAAGUGUUGAAGUGCAUCACCUCCAGCCUUGGAGGGGAUCAAAGUGGAGAGAGGACUGAGGCUGAGCCUCCCAUUUUUCCAGUGGGAAAUCGUUUCCCAGAGAGAGAACCUUCCACAUUCCCCACCUGGGGAGACAGAAGGGCCAAACUUCACUGAUUUGCCUUUCACAGAAUAGCUGGUGGAGACCAAAAGGGAGACAGUAAAUCCAAGUGACUCUUAGUUCUUAUCCUGGCAGACAGGGCUUAGGUAGCUAUGACACAGUUGAGGCUUGUGCCAAGCCUGGGCUGUCCCCUACAAUGGCCGCACAUGGAGGCUCAGACAUGCCCAAGAGCAUAGGCACGCUUACACACAAACACACCGCCUCUGUUUCCACCCUGCGUCCUAAAACGAGGCCCAGUGAGAAGGUAUGUUCCCCUCCCCUUCAGGACCAUUGGAGGUCUCGGUAUGGAAGUUGGGAACAGCGAUCUGUAGGGUCCUCUCUCCUUUCCUUUUUCCACCUUUAAGAGAUUCUUGUCCAGGAGAGGGGUCAUAAGAACUGCUGCCCUCCUCAAGUGAGCCAUCCUAUUUUCCCAUGAGGAGUGUGGGUGUGCAAAAUCUUCCCCAGUGAUUCCAGGGGAAAGAGUCUGAGAGGAAGCUGGGCGUUACUUCCCCUCCAAGCUCAAAACUGCUAAAUAUCGGGUCACUUAGGUUCAAGUUGAGCUUAGUGGUAGGGAACGUGAGUGGAGACUGAGAACCCAGUAGAGAAGGAGCUGAGAGGAGGGGCAAUAAGAGCACACAAACCUUGGUCUCUGCACAGGGCCUUGGGUAUACCCUGCCCCUCUGUAGGUCUUACAUAAAUAGAUACCUCCCAGAAGGCCAGUGGCUGACGGAGUUUCUGCAGUCAGGGAGCCAUGUCUAGGGCAGGGGCUGAGGUGGUGAGAGGAGGGGGAAGUGUGAAGUGAAAUCUCUGUCUCCAUCUGCUAAUUGGAGUGGAGGGGAGCAGGAGGAAGGGGAACAAGUCCUGACACGGGGAGGGUAAGCUAGGCUACAGAAGGAGCUGCAGGGAAUGUGCUGAGAGAUGUAUUUGGAUGGAAGAUGAGUUAAUCUAUAUACAUCACAAGGGGAGAACGGAGCCCAGCCUCUGGGGGGCCAGAUAAUGCUGACUCAGGGAAACAGAGGCUCCUGCUGCCCACCCCUCUUCUCCUGCCUCGGUGCCCUAGGGCUCCUGGCCACCUCCACACUUGGCUUUCAUCCUGUCUGUCUGACUUCACUUCUCUGUAUCCCUGUCUUUCUCUGAAGGAAAUUGCCUUGGAGCAACUUCUCCAGAGAGGACAGAGUGUCCAUGCUAGGGUGUCCUUUGGUCCUGGCACUCCAGGUUCCAAAAGCACUCUUCUACCAAAGAGUCAGCCGUCUCUGGCCGUCUCAGCAAGUCCCUAUCCACCCUUUUAACAGCCUAACCCUCGAAGCUACUUUUCACCACCAUCCCCUUCAUCUCUUACAGGGAGCCAGACUUGGCUGUUCCCACUACAGAUAGAAAUGUGUCUGGCAAAACUGACCAAACAUAAAGAAUAAUUUAAUAAUUAGUCCUCUUCAUGUACCUGUGAUAGUCCCCCAAAUUUUUAUAAAUCUUGUCCUCAAUGAUCUUCUCUAU